AUGCCCUCGAAAUCCAAAAAAGACAAACCCUCCCGAAACCCCCUUCCCCCAACAUCAUCAUCAUCCUCCUCCUCCUCAAACCCAAACUGGCCCCCUCUACGCCCCCUCAUCCCCCCCAGCGACCUCACCCUCACCCCCCUCCUCCACGACCAAAUCUACCUCAUCCGCAACUUCCUCCCCGCCUCCCUCUGCAAGACCUACGUCUCCUUCCUCGCCUCCCUACCCCUAACCACCACCCCGGGCAAGCCCAAAAAAGGCGACGCCGUCCGUGUCAACGACCGCUUCCAGGUGCAAGAUGCCGACUUCGCAGAGCAGCUAUGGAGUAGCACGGCGCUGGCAGCCCUGGUGGGCGGCGCAGCCGCCGCCGAGCAAUACGAUAUUGACACCGACACCAAUCCCAAGAACGAACGUCAGAGCCGCUCGAACAAGGAAAUCUGGGGCGGGGAGCCCCUAGGCUUGAAUCCGAAUAUUCGCAUAUAUCGAUACUCGAGCGGGCAGUUCUUCGCGCAGCAUUACGACGACUCAAAUGCCCUCACAUUCACACCGGCAGGUGCCGGCGCAGGCUCGACGCCCCGCGCCGCCCGCACAACAUGGACGCUCCUGAUCUACCUGUCUGCGUGCUCCGGCGGCUCAACGGUCUUUUACCCGGAGGCGAGCCGCGCGAAUCGGCGCCCGGAGCCGAUCUCCGUGGCGCCGGAGGUGGGGAUGGCGCUGCUGCAUCGGCAUGGGGAGCGGUGUCUGCUGCAUGAGGGCCAGGAGGUCACGGCGGGGGAGAAGUGGGUGCUUAGGAGUGAUUUGGUUGUUGCGCGGUGA